UGCUUUUCUGCUCUUUCUCGCCUUUUAACAAGUUUCAUAUUAUUAUUUUUUUCAUAAUCAUGACGACCAGGGUGGAUGAUGCGGUAAUUGCCGGUGCGCUCGAGUACUGGAAAGGCGUGGACCUGACAAGUCUCCUGCAGGACCUCGACAAGACCGGUAUGGCUAUCGUCGAAAACCAGAAGACGUCUCUGCAAGAGCGACGCAAGCUAGCGGAUAAGACCAAGGAAUUCCGCUCUGUGCCCGACGACCAAAAGACAAAGGAGUUCAAGGGCCUGCUGCGCGCGUACCAGAACGAGAUCGACUCGUUGACAAAGCGCAUGAAGUUUGCCGAGACCGGGUUCCUCAGUCUCUUCAAGUCGCUGGGCGAAGCACCUGACCCGACACCCUUCAUCUCGGGCCUGCAGGCCGAGCGCAAGCAGAGCGAGCAGGCAGACACGGUGCAGAGCGAGCUAGCAGCCGAGCAAGCAAAGUCCAAGACGCUGCUGGAGGAGAACCGCAGGCUGAAGGAGCAGGCGCGCGAGACUGCACAGCUGCAGAAGCAGGUGGGCGCAUUUGAGGCAAAGCUUGACGAGAUGGUGAAAGAGCAGGUUGGUGCGCGGGAGCAGGAGCUCAAGGACGAGACCGACGAGCUGAUCCGCCAUCUAAAGGAGCGCGAAGGCGAUCUGCAGCACCAGGUGUCAGCGGCCAACCGCCAGUUGACACAGCUGCAGGCAACCAGGGACUCGGAGCAGGCGGACCGUGCUGAAGAGGCCACGGCUGUGGACCGCGAGCUGGUGGUCAAGCUGGCGGAGCACGACAUUCUGCAGUCGGACUUGGACCACGCCAACGCACGGAUCGCGGAUCUGCAGGCGCAGAACGCUCGGCUUAGAGCUGAGCUGACGACGUUGACGGGCGGCGCUGCAGGUGAUGGCGGCGAAACGCUGGAGGAUUACCGCAGACGCGUGCGCGAGCUCGAGGAAGAGACUGAGCGGCUGUUUAGUAGCCUGGAGAAGGCUGAGGCAGAGCUGCAUCGGCAGGAGGCCCGGUUUGCCAGCGAGCAGAGCAGCGCUGAGCGUGAUGCUGUGGCCAAGGAAGACGAGCUCAAGCGCUUGCGGGCCGAGCUCAAGCGGUGCGCCGACUAUGACGAAGUCAAGCGCGACCUGGAAAUCAUGAAGUCUGUCGAGUUCUCUGACUGGGGCAUGGGUGAAGACGCUCAGGACGGCGAGUCGCUAGAGCGCAUGCUGGUGAAACAGAACAAGGCGCUGGAGAACAAGCUCACUGACGCGCGCAACCAGCUCAGCUCUGCCCAGCAGACUCUGCGUGAGACCCAGACGCAGAACACGACGUUGGCAGCGGAUCUGGCCGAGAAGCGCAUGUUGGCCGAGAAGCUCGAGGCGGAUCUGCUGAGCGUGCAGCCCGGAAGCGGGCCGGACCGCACCAGCGCAGAAGCUCCUGACGCAGUGGAGCUGCAGCCAAUUGGCGGCGACAAGGACAGUGGUCUACUGGCAAUCGUGACGGGCCAACGCGACCGGUUCCGCCAGCGCAACAUUGAGCUAGACGAGGAGCUGCGUGCCCAGGCGACAUCCGUGGGCGACCUGCAGCGGCAGGUGGAGCAGGUCAAGCAGGACAACCUGCGCUUGUACGAGGAGAUAAAGUACCUGCGCAGCUACACCUCGUCGCAGGCCUCGUCAUCGCACACUGUGCCGUUUAAUAACAGCGACACAGCAGUUAUCUCUGUGCCCAGCAAGUACAGCAGCCGCUCAGCACAGAUAGACAUGGAUACUGGAGUGGGAGCCAAGUACAAGGGCAUGUACGAGGAAUCGCUGAAUCCCUUCAAUGCGUUCCAACGGCGUGAAAACUCAAGGCGUGUGCGGUCGAUGGGCGUGCUGGACCGCCUGGUCUACAUGGUCUCAAACCUAAUCAUGGGCAGCCGGCGCGCACGCAUGGCGUUGUUUGCAUACAUUACCAUGCUACAUUUGCUGGUCAUGAUUACACUGUAUCGGUCCAUGCUGCUAGUGGACUCCACUGCACACGAACCGGUACAUGUGGGUGACGCGGAGAACAUGUAAGAGGCCAACUGUUGACGAUUAAUAUAGCGGAAAAUUACUGAAUGUACGUGAUGUCCUUGG